CCAACAAAAAUAUUUUAGGCUCACGCCAAACGAAUCACACUUCAUUCUGUAGAAUUUAUCGAAAAAUAAUCGCGAUAUUGCUUUUUAAAUUCGUCAGAAAGUAACGCAGAAGCUAAAAUGCAAGUGAACGGCUUGGUACGACUGCUCAACUCCUCGCGGCUAUGCAUCAGCUCCAGAACUUCCCUACCGUCAUAUCAGCUGACUCCUGGGCUCAAAACCUCGGCAAGUCUGUCGGGCCUGGCAGCUUCCGGUUCGAAGCUUCCCGAGAAGCCGAAGCGUCCAGUCAAUGCUUACAUAAGAUUCGCACAGAGCAUUCGCUCAACCCUCCAUGCCAAGAAUCCCAAAGCGUCGCCGACGGACAUUUCCAAACUGGCUGCCGCCCAGUGGCAGGUGCUGGACGCGGUCUCCAAAUCGAAACUAGAGGAUGAGUUUAAGAAAGAGCAAGCCGUCUGGUUGCAGCAGAAUGCCAAAUAUCUGAGCCAGUUGACCGACCAGCAGAAGGUCGAAAUCCGUCAGGCACGGGUGGAGAAGACUGAGGAGAAAGCAAAACGAGAGUACCGGAAGAAGGUGAAGGAACUUGGGAAACCGAAACGACCUUCGAAUGGGUUCUUUCUGUUUUGCGCCGACAUCAAGCCAAAGAAUCUAAACAAGGAGGAAAACAAAUCACAGAUUAAGUUGAUGGCGCAAAAGUGGGCCCAGCUGAGCGAAGCCGAAAAGGCCCCGUAUACAACCCGUGCGGCGGAGGCGCUGGUGAAAUAUCACGCGGACAUGAAGCAGUGGGAGGAAAAGAUGAUCGCUCAGGAUCACUUGGAUGUUAUCCGACGAAAGCACAUCAUCCUGCCGACGAAGAAGGAGAGCAAGCCCCGAAAGCAAUAGGAACUCGGGUGUCCCUAUCCAGAAGCAGUACCAUCAACAACACCGAAAUCGGCAGUAGUUGUCGAUAAUUCAACCCCGUUACAACCACCACCUGCAGCGAGGAGGGUUGAUCGGAAUUCCGUUGCGAAAGCACCGAUCACGAAACCACUGGAUAGGGAUACGGGCGAAGCGGCUAGAGACGAAACAGUAGGGGGCAGUACACCUGAUAGUAGUAAAGGUAGCGGUAGCAGUAACGUUAAGACGAGCGUGGAUCCGAGUGGAGGAGAUGAUAAGCAGCAGCAAAAGGGUAUUGUUCAUAAGCUGAAAUCGAUGUUCAAAUUUUGACACUGGAACCGACGGAAGGAUAGAGUUUUGCUUUUACUAGUGUUAUGGUUGUAUUUCUGAUGGAGGUGUUUCUUGUCCGAGUUGCAUUUCUAAUAUAUAUUUUUUCCGUGAGCUAUCCUUCCGAUGACGGGUUGAAGUCUAAUGGUUCAGUUUCGAGUUUGCAUUCGAGUUUUACCCUUGCGUAGUGUUUAAGUUUUGUCAAUGCCAUACCAUCUACUA